AUGCAACAAAAUACUCGGACAGCAACAGGAUUCACCCCCAAUACACCAUUCACUCCGGAAGUCCUCUCGUACCCCCUUCCCGAUAGGUUCAAGUAUCCUCGGAUAAAGGAGUACGACAGGACAACCGACCCCAUCAACCAUCUCAAUGUAUACACGGACAUCAUGAACUUACAGGUUGCACUAGAUGCGGUAAUGUGCAAGGCAUAUUCUCAAACCCUCACGAAUGCGGCUAGAGAUUGGUUUUCCACAUUAGAACCGAACUCCAUCACCUCCUUUUCAGAUUUGGCUGACAUGUUCUCCGCUUUCUUUGCGAGCAGCAAAAGAAUCAGAAAGACAGCUGCAUCACUCAUGCAGAUGCGUCAAGGACCCAAUGAAACACUGCGCAGUUUCAUGACCAGGUUCAACAAAGAAAGGCUUCAGAUCCCCGACCUACAUAUCACAGCUGCAAUCUCAGCUCUGACUUACGCCAUUAAGUGCGAAGCGUUCAAAAUGUCCUUGUCUAAAACCUUGCCGAAAUCAGUAACCGAGCUACUCACACAGGCUGAGAAAUACAUCAAUAUGAAAGAAACCAUGGCCCCAAAAAGGGAAGUUACCUCAUCAGGGAGGUUGGAUCAGAAAAGGCCACAUGAGUCCAACUUAAGACAAGAGACACCUAGGGUCAAACCAAGAAAGGAUCCACCUUCAACGGCUUUUACCCACCUGAACACUUCGAGAGAUCACGGCCAUACCACAGAAGAUUGUCUGGCCUUAAAGCGAGAAAUCGAAGCUCUUAUAAGAAGAGGAUUUUUGAGCUCUUACAUUAACAAUGACAAACGCCUGAGGAAUAACCAGAAUGGGGGAAAAGGCCCAGAGGAUCGGGGAAACAAGCAACCAACUGCAAGCACUAUCAAUAUCAUUGUCAGAGGAACAGCCUCGGGAGGAGACUCUAGCAGUGGGCGAAAACAGUAUGCUAGACAGCCACCGAUCAUUUCAAGACCAGAUCUUGGUCGUACAGAGGACAUCAGUUUUGGAAUGGAUGACUUGGAAGGCAUAGCAUUCCCCCAUGGUGAUGCCCUUGUCAUAUCGGCCAUCAUCGCCAACUUUGAAGUCAAGAGAAUUCUGGUAGAUAACGGAAGUGCAACAAAUGUAUUGUCUCACGAAGAUUUUGUUCAAAUGGGGAUCUCGUCAGAACAACUAAAGCCAGUAAAAACACCCCUGCAAGGGUUUGGAGGUGGGGUCAUCGCCCCGGAGGGUAUCGUCGGGUUACCCUUAACAUUGGGAACCGAAGGUAAGCAGGUAACUCAGAUCACUACCUUUGAAGUUGUCCGUACAUCGAUGGUUUACAACGCCAUAUUGGGAAGACCAAUGCUCAACAGAAUUCGAGCUAUUGUCUCAACUUUUCACCUGGCUAUGAAAUUCCCUACUCCUAAUGGCAUCGGGAUAGUGCGAAGCAACCAAACGGUGGCCCGACAGUGUUAUGUGACCAGCGUUCGAAAAAUCAAAAAUGACGUCAUGCAAGUUACGGAGCUCGAGCUCGAGCAUGAAAGUUACGGAAGGUUAGCUCCGGUAGAAGGAUUGGAGGAGGUCAAGAUCGAGCCCGGAAGAAAAGUGACAGUUGGUCGAGGGUUAGAUGCGGAGAUCAUGGCCGAGCUUUUAAGCUGUCUCUCCCGGAACAUUGAUGUGUUCGCUUGGAAUGUUGAGGACAUGCCUGGAAUUGAUCCAGAUGUUGCAGUACAUAGAUUUAACGUGAACCCGGAAGCAAGAUCUGUGAAGCAAAGGAAGAGGCAGUUUGCACCGGAAAGACGAGAAGUCAUAAAAGAGGAGAUUACCAAACUCCUUAAUGCUCAGUUCGUUCGAGAGGUACAAUACCCCGAAUGGCUUGCCAAUGUGGUUCUUGUCAAGAAAGCUAAUGGAAAGUGGCGAGUUUGCAUUAACUUCACAGAUCUGAAUAAAGCAUGCCCUAAAGACAGUUAUCCCCUGCCCAGAAUUGAUAAUCUCGUGGAUAGUACAUCAGGUCAUAUGCUGUACAACUUCUUGGAUGCCUUCUCGGGGUAUCACCAAAUUCUUAUGGUAGAAGAAGAUCAAGAGAAGACCUCGUUCAUGGCAGAUUCAGCCAUCUACUGCUACAGGGUCAUGCCCUUCGGUCUGAAGAAUGCUGGAACAACAUAUCAAAGGUACAGCAUGAAGCUCAACCCGGCAAAAUGUGCAUUUGGGGUGGCAUCUGGAAAAUUCCUGGGUUUUAUGAUCACGCACAGAGGAAUAGAGGCAAAUCCUGAUAAAAUUCAAGCUCUGAUAAAUAUGGAGGCCCCUAAAUGCAAAAGGGACAUUCAAAAAUUGACAGGUCGCAUAGCAGCACUAAACAGGUUUGUUUCCCGGGCAGCUGACAGGUGCUCCCCCUUUUUCAAACUACUUAGGGGAAAUAAAGGGUUCGAUUGGAGUGAGGAAUGCAACUUAGCCUUUCAGGAGCCUAAACAGACAUUAUCAACACCUCUAGUCCUUACUAAACCUGAACCCGAUGACACGCUGCUAUUAUACUUGGCAGUUUCUCAGAACGCAGUAAGCGGUGUCUUGGUAAAGGAAAGAGGAAGAGUUCAGCAACCUAUCUACUAUGUUAGUAAAGUGCUCCUUGAUGCAGAAACACGAUACACACUUGCAGAACAGCUCGCCCUUGCUUUAGUAGUGGCUAUAAGAAAGUUACGACCAUACUUCCAGUCACAUCCAAUUGUUGUGCUCACCAACCAACCUCUCAGACAUAUACUUCAGAAGCCGGACGUUUCAGGAAGACUGUUGAAGUGGCUCACUUCAAGAUCCUCAGAAACACUGGCCGGGAGCCCGAACUCGACCUCAGGAGUAUGGGAAAUAUUUGUUGACGGAGCAUCCAAUAGCUCGGGCUCGGGGGCUGGCAUUAUUAUUACAAGUUCGGACAAGAUUACGGAGAUACAAUGCGCUCUCAAGUUUGAGUUCCAGGCUACCAAUAACGAAGCAGAGUACGAAGCCGUUGUUAUUGCCCUAGAACUGGCGAAAAACCUCGAGUGCGAGCACGUCAAAAUUUUCAGUGACUCACAGCUAGUGGUCGAACAAAUCGAAGGGUCUUUUGAAAGAAAGGAGGAAAAAAUGAGCUUAUAUUGUUUGAAAGUACAUGACCUCCAGAGGCAGUUUGUACGUUGUGAAAUUCUGAAAGUAGCCAGAGCCGAAAAUGCCAAAGCCGAUGCAUUAUCCAGACUCGUCUUCAUGGGUGUUGACGGGUUCGAUCGAACCGUGCACAUCAAGAUGGUUGCAGAAGCAAGUAUAGCCCAGAAACCAAGUAUCAUGGACAUCGACCAUGAGCCCUCCUGGAUGGAUCCAAUAGUUGAUUACAUAAGUAAUGGCAACACUCCUGCAGACCCUCGGCUCGCCCGAAGCAUUCGGUAUAGAGCUGCCAAAUAUUGCAUAAUCGAAGGAGUCUUGUUCCGCAAAAGUCUUACGCUCCCUUAUCUAAGGUGUCUCAGACCCUCCGAGUCCCUUCAGGCAAUGACUGAAGUUCACGAAGGCAUUUGUGGGAAUCACCAAGGAGCCCGAGCUCUGGCACAUAAGUUGAUAAGGUAUGGAUACUACUGGCCAACUCCCUUCGAGCAAUGGGGAGUUGAUAUUCUUGGGCCUUUUUCCUUGGCCCGAGGACAAUUAAAAUUUGUAGCUGUGGCAGUGGAGUAUUUUACUAAGUGGGUAGAAGCCGAACCUCUAGCAACAAUUUCAGAACCGAAGCUCAGAUCAUUUAUAUGGAAGUUCGUCAUAUGCAGAUUUGGGAUACCAAAAGACCUCCGAACAAGGAUAGGGGACGCUAAAGGUGACUGGCCUGACAUGCUGCCUUCGAUACUGUGGGCAUAUAGGACUUCACACAAGACAGCAACUGGUAAAACGCCAUUCAUGCUAGCUUUUGGACUUGAGGCUACCAUUCCAAUUGAGGUUAGCCUCCCCACAAUAAGAAAGCUCGAGACAAAUACGGAGACGCAUACUACCGAACAUCUUGACCUACUUGAGGAGGUAAGGGAGCAAGCUUCCCUUAGGACUGCAAGUUACCAAAACAGAACGGCGAAACACUUCAACAAGAAGGUCAAGAACAGAAGAUUUAGAGCCGGCGAUCUUGUCCUAAGGAAAGCAGAAGCCGCCGGGCAUCAACCAGGGAAACUUGGGCCAACAUGGGAAGGACCCUAUGAGGUCAUAAGAAAACUUAAAGGGGGAGCUUAUAGCCUCAGAGAUACAUCAGGGAAUCCGCUCCCAAGGCCAUGGAACGCCAACAAUCUGAAAAUAUAUUACAAGUGA